AACUUCGGAAUUGGGAUGUGUGUCCGCACCUCAUCCAAUUCCUGCCAACGGCAAUCAAUAAUGUCAGCACGAUCCCCUACCGCUCCACUCCCCUCUUUCGUGCGGACAAUAAAUACUAUAAAUUCGUUUCUUUCCUUCAACGCUCUUAUUCUCAUUGUCAUAAUUAUUCUGUAAUCCUUGUAACAAUCAGGAAUUUUAGCGAAAUUCAAUGGCUAACUCAACUCAGCUCAAGUCUGAUGCGUUGUUGGAGCAGAUGAAACAGCAUCUCGACACUGACGCUGGCAAAGAACUCACUAAGAAAAUCGGCCUUGUCUAUCAGAUCAAUAUUGCUCCUAAGAAAAUUGGGUUUGAAGAGGUUACUUAUAUUGUUGAUCUUAAGAAGGGAGAGGUCAUCAAAGGUACAUACGAAGGAGGAAAGCCUGAUGCUACAUUUUCUUUCAAGGAUGAAGAUUUUCUCAAGGUUGCUACUGGAAAGAUGAAUCCCCAGAUUGCUUUCAUGAGGGGUGCAAUGAAAAUUAAGGGAAGCCUUAGUGCUGCACAGAAAUUCACUCCCGAAAUUUUCCCAAAGCCAUCAAAGAUGUGACCAGAUAACUUAAGUGGGGUAUUUGCAUUCCUGUUCUUUCAAUUGGGUUGAAUGUCAAUUUUAGGCUGAAAGUAUAGAUGUGUUACAAACUUACAACUCAUUUCGUGGAUUAAAACCUUCUGCUCUGUUGGAUUUGAGAUGUCAUUUAUUUAUAAUCAUUCAAUAAAAGUUUUACCAAGUUUCUUGA